AUGCGCGUAUCGUGGUGGUUACCCUCGUAUGUGACAGCGGCUUUACAGGCCGAGGGGCGGGCGCUGCAGGACGAGUCGACCGCGGCGUUUGGAUCCGGGGAGGACACGACCCGAGACCGCCUCGCCUCUUACUCGGCAGGCGCCGACCCCUCAGUUGCCCCCACAAGGCAGGUGGACGGUGCUACAGCUCCGGAGACCGGUGCUACAGCUCCAGAGACCGGUGCUACAGCUCCAGAGACCGGUGCUACAGCUCCAGAGACCGGUGCUACAGCUCCAAGGGCGGGUGCUACAGCUCAAAGGGCGGGUGCUACAGCUCCAAGGGCGGGUGCUACAGAUCCCGUGACAGAGAUCGAGGAGCUCCCGAUCGAUCUGAAGCAGUCUGAGGAAGUUUACGACACGAUGUUCAUAAAGUUUGACCGGAGCUGUGUGAGUGACCUGAACCUCUCGGAGCACUACCAGCAGGCUCUACUCAAGGUGGAUCCGGCGGUGGGGAGAUACGGUUUCACGAACGUGAAAAGUGCGAGUCCGGCGGCGCUGGACUCGGACGGAUUUGCUCAGCUGUUGGAGAAACGGCUGCUGGACACGCGCGACAACCUUGGCAUCUUCCACAGCAGCAGCGGCGGCGGCAGCGCAGACGCGCAUAUACUCGCCAUGGACGCCGCGCGUCGGAAACUGAGUCCCGAAUCCCGCAUGGAACGGUCCAGCCUGCGCCGCAAGUUGGCGGAAAUGGACCCGACGGACCGGGAAGAGGAGAUCCUUGCCUCGCUCCACCUCCUCGCCGUUUCCCAACUUGUGGGCCUCGACAAGGCGGAGCAGCUACUUGACCUUGAACAACAAGGAGACCAAAAGUCUUUCAACGAUUUUUUGGCUGCCACAGAUCGAGUUGGUUUAUCCGACACGAGUAACAUUUCGGCUUCGCGAGUGACGGAGUUCGAGACGUUGGAUUUUUUGGAGAUGCACUUGGUGAAGAACUCGGUUCUGAAGGAAGCGUUGAAGCCGCUGACGGCGUAUCUGCCGUGUCUGGAAUUCGAGGCGGAGCCGGACCGCAUCAAGCAGCCGUUGGGUGUGUUGAAUUUGGCAAGUUUGAAGCGACGGCCGGCGCGUGGACUUGAGAGUGAGGGCAAGACGUACGCCGUGGAGUUGCCGGGGAAAGACCUGCAGGCGGUGGGGGAGAAGACCAGCCCGACGCAGUACGUUUUUGUGCCGCCCAAUGACCCGCAUUUCGACGCGCAGUGGUACCUGAAAGGACGCGCGCAGGAAGAGGACUUCGGCAGCCAGGUCGUUGACGGCUGGUCCAGCCUCAUCCGCGACCUACAGCAGGGCGGAAAGGAGCCACUGGACGCCUCCGGCGACGACGAACAAGUCAUCUAUCGCGGCGCCGGAUACCAAAACGCCACCGGGACCGCGAACCGGCGGCUAACCGAUGGUGGCGGGACGGAAUACUUUGAGCUACCCGAUCUAUUGACCGCGUCACGCGGCAUGACGGUAGCCGUCUUGGACUCGGGGUGCAGCCGGAACCCCGAUCUCGUGAGUCAGUUUUGGCGGAAUACGCAGACCCGGGGCUGCACCAAGGAUACGUUUGUGGGCGAGAAGGAGGACUCUGCAUCGGGGACGGUGACCGGUGACUGUGUUGGGUAUGACUUCGGUAACGAUCAGCCCGAUCCGACGCUGGAGAUUGCCACACGAAUCCACGGGAGUUCGACGUCAGGGUUGAUAGCAGCAGAGGCGAACAACGACAUCGGGAUAGCGGGAGUGUGUCCGCAGUGCGAGAUCAUGUGUCUGAAAAUUUAUGACAGUGAGCGUGAACGUAUCACGAUGACAAGUGUCGUGCGUGCGCUGGACUACAUCGGACGCAAGAACGUACGCCUCAGCAACCACUCAUAUGGCGGCUUUGGUGCAUCGCAGGUGGAGAAGACGGCGCACGAGGCACUGGCGCGCCUUGGCCACCUGGCGGUUUGUUCCUCGGGUAAUAAUGCCUGCAAUCUGGACAGCACUGGUACGGGGGCGUGCAAAAACGAAGACGGGCAGCUGCUGGGCCCUUUCACACCUGCGACUUACGACGUGCCCUCCAUCCUCUCCGUGGGCGGCUCGACCAAGACCGGCGAGGUCGCCUGGUUCAGCAAUUAUGGCGCUGAGUCUGUCGACAUCUUCGCCCCCGGCGACUCCAUCGUCACACUCUACGGACCCGACCAACUCGCCUCCGUCAAAGGCACCUCCUUCGCCUCGCCCAUCGCUGCAGGCGUCGCCGCAGUCCUCUGGAGCGCACAACCCCACCUCACCAACCUGCAAGUCAAAGAACUCCUCAUGGCCACAGGCACGCCUGUAGACGCACUCCAGGGCAAAGCACGUGAAGGACGCAUCGUCUCCCUAUCCCGCGCACUCGCCGCGGACACCAACGCCGAUAUGCUCUUCGCCGCGAGCCACGGUGCACCCCGACUUGUUCUCGCCCUUCUCCCGCUCCUCCUCCUCACACUCACACACUGA